AUGAGAGCGACUCUAACCUCAUUACUAGUUUCAAUUACAUUUUUAGUCUCAUUGGUAGCAGCAGAGACGCAUACAUGGUACUUUAAGACUGGAUGGGUGAAUGCAAACCCUGAUGGUGUAUAUGAAAGACCAAUGAUUGGGUUUAACGAUACUUGGCCUUUACCCACCUUGAGAGUAAAGAAGGGUGACAGAGUUCAAUUAUACUUAAUUAACGGUUUUGAUAAUUUGAAUACUACGUUACAUUUUCAUGGGUUGUUCCAAAAUGGUACAAAUCAAAUGGAUGGUCCUGAAAUGGUCACACAAUGUCCUAUUCCACCAGGUGAGACUUAUUUAUACAAUUUCACUGUUGACCAAGUUGGAACGUACUGGUAUCAUAGCCAUACAGCAGGCCAAUAUGGUGAUGGUAUGAGAGGUGUUUUCGUCAUUGAUGAUGACGAUUUUCCUUACGAUUAUGACGAGGAUGUUGUUUUGACAGUGGGAGAUCAUUAUCAUAAAUACUCGAGUGACAUCAUCCCUUCAUUUUUAAGCAGAUUCAAUCCAACUGGUGCUGAACCUAUUCCACAAAACUUUUUGUUUAACGAAACCAGGAACCUUACAUGGAAAGUUGAGCCCGGCAAAACUUAUUUGGUUAGAAUUGUUAAUGUUGGUGGAUUUGUGUCACAGUACUUAUGGAUGGAGGAUCAUGAAUUUACUGUCGUUGAAGUCGAUGGGAUUUAUGUUGAGAAAAAUACAACCGAUAUGUUGUAUAUUACUACUGCCCAGAGAUACAGUGUUUUGAUUAACACCAAGAACUCGACAGACAAAAACUAUGCCUUCAUGCAACGUGUUGAUACUGAUAUGUUGGACGUCAUACCUUCUGAUUUGCAGUUGAACGGUACUAACUAUAUUGUGUACAAUGAAGAUGCCUCCUUACCUGAAGCAUAUGAUGUUGACUCGCUUGAUAACUAUUUAGACGAUUUCUACUUGAAGCCUUUGAGUAAAGAGAAGUUAUUAGACGAUGCUGAUUAUACUAUUACUGUCGAUGUGCAAAUGGACAAUUUAGGCAAUGGUGUCAAUUAUGCCUUCUUCAACAACAUUACUUACACAACACCUAAAGUUCCUACUUUGUUGACUGUGUUGAGUGCUGGUGAUGCUGCCACCAAUGAAUUGGUUUAUGGUACUAACACCAACAGUUUUGUGUUACAAGGGGGCGAUGUUGUUGAUAUUGUAUUGAACAAUUUGGAUACCGGUAAACAUCCAUUCCACUUGCAUGGUCAUGCAUUCCAAUUGAUAGAAAGACACAAAGAGAUUCCUGAAGGUGAGGACCCAGUUACUUAUAACGCUACCGAUCAUGCGGAUUGGCCAGAAUAUCCAAUGGUGAGGGACACUGUUUACGUUAGACCCCAAUCCUACAUUGUUAUGAGAUUUAAGGCUGAUAAUCCAGGUGUUUGGUUCUUCCACUGCCAUAUUGAAUGGCAUUUAGAACAAGGUUUAGCAUUCCAAUUAAUUGAAGAUCCUCAAGGUAUUCAGAAGAACGAAAAGAUCACUGACAACCAUAAACAGAUUUGUGAGAAGGUUGGUGUACCUUGGGAAGGUAAUGCUGCAGCUAAUAGUAAGGAUUAUUUGAAUUUGGUUGGCGAAAAUGUUCAAGUAAAGAGAUUGCCAACUGGCUUCACUGCUAAAGGUAUUGUUGCCUUGGUUUUCUCAUGUAUCUCAGCAUUUUUGGGAUUGGCAGCAAUUUCUUACUAUGGUAUGAAUGACAUUGAAAACAUGGAAAAAAGAGUUGCUAGAGACUUGGAUGUGUACUUUGAUGAUGAUGAUGAUGAUGAGGAGGAGGAAGAACAAAGCAUUACUGAGCAGGCUGCAACUGGUUCCUCUUCUAGCCCUUCAAACAAAUAA